AUGCCGACAUGCGUCUUGAGGACUGUAUUUCUGUACCACAGUAUGCAGUGCUUUCGUACCGUAGUAGAGGACGACAUCCAUGGCAUCCCAGAUCGGUUCGUCCUUGUACGUGUUUGCGGACUCGGCCCGCCGCUCUGUCGAAAUUGCAGCCGUCUCAUCUCAGAAUUCACGAUUCCGAGACGCUCAGACGCUGACAGAAGUCUGUCUCUUCUGAAUGCCCUUGUGUCUGAUCUGUCCGAGAGUCACCCAGAGAGAGAUAGAGAGAGAGACGUCAGCCGGCGCGAGUAAGUCAGACACAUAGAGAUGCAGGGCAUGCUGCCCUUGCUUCUUUUGGGGUAGUCGGCACAUCUUUGUCGCCGCAAACCCCUUGUCACAACUCAUCCGCAUCACAGCCCGAUAUGUGGACAAAUGCUGCGAGACCACACAGAAAGAAAGAAAACGGGCGAGCGGGGGAAGAAAUGUCAAAGGUACCAUGAAGCGGUGAGUCCCAGUCCACCCUCCAAAUGCCGGCAUGUACCGGAAGUGGGGAUGCGACCCGGCUGUGUUUGUUCGCCCCCACACGGGCAAUACGGGAGGGUUCCGGACGGGGUCACGAUCACCUCAAAUCAGAUCAAAGAAGGACGACGACGCCGACGAACCCUUUUCUCGCCCAUCGCUUGAACUCGCGGCCCCACAACCCAGCCAUCCAGCUGGAUACCACAUGAGGUGUCUGUUAUCCCACCAGCUGAUGUGUUUUGCCACACCGCUGUGCGGUAUAAAAAUUAAAUUAAAAAAAAAAGUGGUCUCGAAUACAUGUACGUGUACGCAAUAUAUUGGCAUCUAUCUAUCUUGCUGUUUGCCAUCACAAUGUCCCCCCGGUCCCAG